AGGAAGCACAACUUUCGCGGAUUAGAAUUUUUUAGACAAAAUAAGCAAAAGACAGCUUGGUCAUCAUUUAAGCGAAGAAAGGGUGAAGAAAAAUUGAUAAAAAGAGGCUUCAUUUUAACUGCGGCAUUUUCAACACAUAAAAAGGCUUCAAAAUCAUGGCGUUUCUUUAUCGCGUCUUCCUCCUCGUUUUCUCCAGGAAUUAAUGCAUAGAAAAGCUUAGAUCAGGGGACAUCAAAAACCCCAUUUGACAGGACAUUUCAAAGUGAUUUCUGUCGGUGGGAAUUGGGGAUUUUUCAACUUUUGAGGCGAUCUCAAAGAUCUUGGUGGGGAAACCUUAGAUCUUUGGUGUUUACUUGCAAAUAAACAACAAAGGUUUGUGGGUUUUUCAUUAUAAUUGAUGGGGUGGAGAUAUAAAGCUGGGUUGUUUAUGAUUGGUGCUGUUGUCAUCAUAUGGGUCUUCUCCGCAGAAGUCACCCAGGGGAUUUUCACAGACUAUAAACAGCCAUUUGCAGUGACAUAUCUUGGAGCUUCAUUGAUGGUUAUAUAUCUCCCAAUUGCAUUCAUCAAAGAUUGGAUAAUAAAGUUACUCAAGAAAAGAAAAAAUCAAUCCCCUGUUUCAUUGAACUCCCCUCUUAAAUUCAUUGGUGGCUCAACAGUAUUUGAAUUGGAAGGUGACAAAUCAUCAUUAAGUCGAAAAGCUAGUGAUCAUGAUAUUGCUAUUCAAGAAGAAGGAAACCCUUUAGUCCCUAAAACCAAAAAUGAUAAUUUGCCAUUAAAACAUGAAACACAAGUUACAACAAGGGAGGUUGCUACCUAUGGAUUCUAUAUUGCACCUAUUUGGUUUGUCACUGAGUAUCUAUCAAAUGCUGCACUUGCACGUACAAGUGUUGCUAGUACAACAGUGCUUUCAUCAACUUCAGGGCUAUUCACUCUUUUCAUUGGUGCAUUUUUGGGUCAAGAUUCCUUAAAUGUCACAAAAAUUGUUGCUGUUUUUGUCAGCAUGGCUGGUGUUGCCAUGACAACCAUGGGAAAAACUUGGGCUGCAGAUGAAGUAGCUUCAACUUCCAAUUCAAAUGGCGAUCGCUCUCUCGUUGGCGAUCUCUUCGGGCUUUGCUCAGCUAUGUCAUAUGGCCUCUUUACCGUGCUUCUUAAGAAAUUUUCCGGGGAGGAAGGAGAGCGCGUUGAUGUGCAAAAAUUGUUUGGAUAUAUCGGUUUGUUUACACUCGUGGCUCUAUGGUGGCUCGUUUGGCCACUAACGGCAUUAGGAAUUGAACCAAAGUUCAAGAUUCCACACUCGGCUAAAAUGGAUGAAGUGGUUAUUGCAAAUGGACUUAUUGGGAGUGUUCUUUCCGAUUAUUUUUGGGCAUUAUGUGUUGUAUGGACGACUCCAUUGGUGGCCACCUUGGGCAUGUCACUCACCAUCCCGCUUGCCAUGGUGGCGGAUAUGAUGAUCCAUGGCCGCCAUUAUUCCGCCAUUUACAUUCUUGGUUCCGCUCAGGUAUUUGCUGGGUUUGUGAUUGCUAAUCUUCCGGAUAAAAUUUCCAAGAAAAUUGGAUUAUAGCACGUGAUUCAUCAUCACUAACUCUUAAAGAUUCUUGGUUUCAAAUCUUGAUUGAAGCUGAUUUGCCAAUCAUCAAAGGUGAAUAUGGUUGAAUUGUAUGAUGGGAUUUGAUUGUUUGAAAAUGAACUCUUGGUGAAGUUGCUUGAAGAGGCUCAUGAUUAAAAUUGUGAUAUAUGAUAUGAAUACUUCUUUUUUCUUAUUGAUUUAAGUUUUGUUUUUCAAUUUUGUGGGAAUUUGUUAGGACAUGCAAGAUUGGUA